UAUGGAGACCCCAAUAGUUAAACUGUCUGAUGAAGAGCUCAAUACAGUUUAUGAGCCUUCUGAAGAUUCGUAUCUUUUGGUGGACGCUUUGGAAGCAGAUUUAGAGAUUCUGCAUGCGAUGAAGCCGAGAAUUUGUUUAGAGAUAGGUAGUGGCUCUGGCAUAGUUAUCACAGCUUUAGCAAUGGCACUAAAAAAACGUCAUAAUGUUGAGUUUAUUGCGAUUGAUAUAAAUCCUGAUGCAUGUAGAGCCACGAGAAGAACUAGUCUGAUUAAUUCAGUCGAUGUAGAUGUCCUUCAAAUGAAUUUAUUAGAUUGCAUACGAAUUAAAUAUACAUUUGACAUUAUUUUAUUUAAUCCUCCGUAUGUAGUUACAGAAUAUAACGAAGUAAUAGAUGACAGACUCGUAUUCAAAACAUGGGCAGGAGGUAAAAAUGGUAGACAAGUUAUGGAACAGGUAUUUGCUAUUAUUCCCAAAAUCUUAUCAGAUGCAGGAUUGUUUUAUUUAGUUAUUAUAAAAGAAAAUAAUCCUGAAUAUAUAUUGAGCGUUUUCAAAAAGUUAAAUAUGUCUGGUGAAAUUGUUCAUGAAAGGAAAGUAAGAGGAGAACAUUUAUACAUUUUACGUUUUCGAAAGUGAAGGAAACGAAAAAUUAGCACUACAUGUCAGGGAUAUAAUAUCCACAAGAUAUUUUAAAAGAUUUUAAUUUUAUGGAAAGAGAAAAAAGGUAUUACUUCAGUGA